AUGGUUAUAUUCUUCGGCAAUCUCGUUUUUGCUGAUGAAAUAACGAGGACAUCCCAACAACUUACAGUAAAUCCUCCUGUUUUCAACAUAAAACUAUCCUUAAACUCUAGCGCAUAUGGUUGUCCUAGCGAUUACUAUUUAUGUUCUUCAGGAAUAGUAUGUUGCCCCAUGGGUGCUGCUUGCCUCCCCGGCUAUAAAUGCAACGUUCCUUGUACCUAUAAAGAUAUUGCCUGCGGCACUGGUUGCUGCCGUAGCACUCAAACUUGUGGUUUAGAUGGAUUAUGUCAUGAAUUGACUUGCUCUAUUGGUUAUUAUGCAUGCUCGGAUGGUUCGGGAGGUUGUUGCCCGAAUGGCUAUGAUUGUAUGCCUAAUUACUUAUGCCAUCUGGACACUAAUUCCAAUACAUACAAUCCUUACACGUAUUCACCGGACUAUAUUACGAGCACUACGAGUACUACGAGUACUACGAGCACCACAAGGACCACAAGCACUGAGGAGGCUCCGACUAAUCCAAUCUCCACAAACACUAUUGUUAUAAUGAAAAAUAACGGAA